ACACAUACCAUACAUACCGCAUUGUGGGGGAGUGUUGUGACAUAGUUCAGGAAUCGUAUGCGGGCUCGGACCAAUCGGCGUCAUACUCGCGAUGGUGCAGUGCGGUUGCCGAGGGCGGAGACCACAUUGGGCUUUGGGAGCGGAGGCCAGGGCACGGCCAUGACACUCGCGCAGAGGAGAAUGUCUGCAGCAGAGCCGACGCGGGUGCCGGGUCCAUCUCGGUCCGAGUCGAGGUUGGCAUCAUUGCGAUCACAGGGGAACAUCGGCCCGGGCAGCAGACGGAGUCGGAGCCGGUCGUCGUCGUUGAUGCGACACUCCUCGGUGGCUGUGCCUGGUACGCGCAAGGCGUCGCUGGCGCCGCAAGUAGCGACGAUGCGGCAUGGCGGGGUGAGCACGACGUCGCUGGCAGGCCUGGGUGCCACCGCAACGAGCAUGGCGGGUGGAGUGGGGGGCGGCACGGGUGCCGUCGGUGGGGACGAUAGCAUGCCGCUGCCGCUUCAGGGAGAUCUGCGGAUGAAGCGGAAGAAGCGGCUUGGCAAGUCGUGGGCGACGCGGCAUGUCAAGGUCGAGGGCUCGUCGCUGAUGGUAUUCAAGAACAUGCACGCGUUCGAUCCGAUGGAGCAGGUGGCACUUGUCUCGAUCGAGGCUGUGCGCGAAGCGCACGAGCUCGAAGGCAUCUCAUUUAAGAACCAGAUGCGCUGUCUGGAGGUGGCAGUGAACGACGGCCGCAAGCUGUACUUUGUCGCGCUGUCGGUGAGCGAUAAGCGCAAAUGGAUCGACGGCCUCAACGCGUGGGUCUCCUACGCCAAACUCCGCUCGGCCGUAGAAGAAGAGGCCGACCCAGAGCACGUGGCCCAGCUUGUAGAGCAGGGCGUCGAUCUGGCAAAGCUCACUCCCGAGCUCCGCGCCAAGGUCAAAGCCACGCUGAAGACCCACAGAUGGGAGGAGUACUACGUGUGGGUCGACCAGUGGGGCGUCGAGCACGAGCUUGCUGCAGAAGACAUCGACUUUUCCCGCGUCAAGGUGGUGGCUGCCGGGCCGCAGUCUUCUGGCCUGCCACUCUCGCGGACCCAGUCGCUUGAGUCGGACCGCAACUCGGUGACCGACGGCGGUCAUCUCAGCUCGUUCUCAUCGUCAGACCGCUCGUUGCGCUCACACUUGCGCGGCGGCAGCAGCUCGUCGUCGCACGGCUCGUCGUCGAGCGCAAGUGUGGCGGAUGGAGCGUCAGGCUCCUCGUCGUACGAGUCAUACGUGGAGGUGUGGGAGGAGUGGGACGAGUGGGAGUCGGCAUCGGACGACUCGGCGGUGGUCGGCACCGAGUACCUGGCGAGUCUGCUCGGUACUUUUCCGCACUCGGCCGGCAAGUUCCACGGCGGGCUCAAGUGUGAGCGGCUUCGUGCUGUGUACCGACUGGUGGACGAGCUCGCCCGUGUGCGGUACGCGCCCAACCCACUGCCUGUGACGGUCUCGCCUGAUGCAGUAUGGGUCAAGGCGCGGCUGAGCGGCGAGAUCAUUUACUCACAGGUCGAGCUCCCGCAUUCGGCGCUUGCCUCGUACGGUGCGGUGGUGACGACGCUCCUGGCUGGGCUAGCCGCCGAUGACGACGGCGGCGGCGCGAGCUCCAGUCUCACCCUCGGCGACGUCUUUGCCCUCGUCCGGGUCGACGGCGACGAUCGGGUCCGGGUCACCAAGCGGACGCUGCACCUCGUCCGCAGCGGCGAUCGGCUCGAGCUCGUCCUGCACAGCUCGCGGCUGGCCGAGCACUACCGCAACCCGCGGGCGCGCAACUCUGUCGAGUCGCUCCCAGACCGGCCGGUCGGCUACUACAAGGAGCUGUGGCGGACCAUUGUGCGCAAGGGUACGUGGAUGAAGCUGACAGAGUGGCGGCCGUCGGCGUCGCAGCGGUGGGGGCAGAUUGCGCAGCUGGCGUGGAAGGCCGUCGCCAAGUCGGCAUGGCACGAGAUCUCGAACCAGCUCGGCGAGUCGAUGGCCGAGGUCGAGAGCGGCGAUGAGAGCGAGCCUGAGGCCCACGCAGAGCUGGAGGCCGAGCUCUUGGCCAAGGCCUUUGAUGGCGACGGGCUAGACGAUGUGCACAGCGAGAAGAACCCGCUGAUGGCCCACGGGCUCGAGGCCACCGGCUGGCAUCACGUCUUUGCGCGUCUUGAAGCCAACAUCACCGGCAAAGCUCCGGUCCCGGGACUAGGCCUCUACCGCGAGUCGUUUAUCGACAAAAGCUACCAACCCAAGCCCUGGCUCGAACUGCACAACUCGCAGUGGGGCGAGGUCCACGAGAUGCUCAAACUUGCGAAGGACUCGUCGGGCCUUCCACACUCGGUCUCUGACUCGGACGACGGCUUGGACAACCACACUGGUGCUUCGACUCAGCCAAUCAUCAUCCUGCACGACGACAGUGACUUGGACGCGGAAUCAGACUCGGACGACGCUUCCGAGCUCGCCGGCGUGGCGUCGGAUGCGUCCGAAGGCUACUUUUCGCUUGUCCACAAGGUCGGGACUACUGGCGAGCUGCAUGACCCUGAGACCGACGGCGAGCUGCCUAUUCUUAUGCCCGAAGAGCGCGCCGCUGCCGAACGGGUUCUCCGCCGUUGGGGCAACGCCCGGUUGCGCUCGAUCGUUGCCGCCUCCUUCCGCAGAGGUACCGCCCUCCGCCCGGGAUCCAAGUGGGCGCUCCUCCGCAGCCUUGGUGCCCGUGGUGAAGAGGAGGACGACGAGGAUGGCGGCAAGAUGAGUGAUGACGGCGGGUCGUCGUCGUCAUCGGCAUCGUCGUCGUCGGCGUCGUCGUCGUCGGCGUCGUCGUCGUCGUCGUCAUAG